UUCAUAGAUAGCCAGGUGUCAUUAUGUGGACCAGAACAAAGGUCCUCCUUGGGGCUCUGCGUGCUGCUCAGUCAGUGAGGUCCAGACCGAAGUCAUCGUGUGACGUCGACAGGGCUCCAGGGAAAACGUGGGUGACCCCGAACGGGUUUAACACGGGUUUAAAGGCUUUCAACAGCCUGAGCAAACAGAAAGAGCCUUUCAUUGUGGCCAGAGAAGGAGUAGCUACCUGGUACAGCUGUGGACCUACCGUCUACGACCAUGCACACCUUGGUCAUGCCUGCUCGUAUGUCAGGUUUGACAUCCUGCAGAGAAUUCUUUCCCGGUUGUUUGGGAUCACGGUAAUCCAUGCCAUGGUCAUCACAGACAUCGAUGACAAGAUCAUCAGAAAAAGUUUGGAGGAGAAUGUGUCUACAACCACCAUCGCCACAAUGUAUGAAGAGGAAUUCAAGAGGGACAUGCUGUCACUAAAGGUGAUUCCUCCUGCAGUCUAUCUAAGAGUCACAGAGAAUGUCCAUCACAUUGUGGCCUUUAUUGAGGGGAUCAUCAACAACGGACACGCGUACGCAACAGAAGAAGGUGAUGUUUAUUUUGACAUCCAGUCCAUUGGUCACCGUUACGGAAAGUUUGUGGGAGCCGUAGAAGAUUCUCAUUUAGAACCUGUAAAAUCCAACAAACGCUCCUGGAGAGACUUUGCUUUGUGGAAGCAAUCCAAACCUCAGGAGCCAUACUGGGACUCUCCUUGGGGGAGAGGAAGACCGGGCUGGCACAUUGAAUGUUCCACCAUUGCUAGCUCAGUGUUUGGGAGACAGCUGGACGUCCACUCAGGAGGCAUCGACCUGGCCUUUCCUCAUCAUGAGAAUGAGGUCGCUCAGAGUGAGGCCUAUCACCAGUGUGGACAAUGGGCUAAUUACUUUCUCCACUCAGGCCACUUGCACCUAAAAGGCAGUGCCGAGAAAAUGUCUAAAUCUUUAAAGAACUUCAUCAGCAUCAAGGAUUUCCUGCUGUCUUACUCUGCCAAUGAAUUCCGGAUGUUUUGCCUGUUGACCAGAUACAGAUCAGCUGUAGACUACAGCGACAGCAGCAUGUUGGAGGCUCGGACCUCGCUGAGAACUAUCUCCACCUUCACCCAUGAUGCUACAGCCUACAUGAAGGGUCAGCUCCAGUGUUUACCUGUACAGGAAGCUUUUCUCUGGGAGAGGUUGGCUGAGACUAAAGCCGCCGUGGUGAAAGCUCUGGCAGAUGACUUUGAUACUCCGAGAGCCAUUGGCGCCGUGAUGCUUCUGGUUUAUCACGGGAACUGCCAGCUCCAGCCUGUGGCUAAGAGUGAGGUAGGGACCCGGAGCCCGGCAGUGUUUGGAGCCAUGGUCAGCUAUAUCAGAGAUGUUUUGGAUGUGUUUGGGAUCGACCUGCAGCACAGCAAGGUGCAGAACUUGGCUGUGGAUAGCAGUGGGGGAAGUCUGGAGGCUGUGGUGGAGCAGCUCACUCAUUUUAGAAGUGAAGUGCGAGCAUUUGCUCUUACCCAUCAGGAGGGACCCAACAAACCUGGACUAUACCCAGAGAGAGUCCCUCUCCUCAAAGCCUGUGACAACCUCAGAAAAGAGCUGGCUCCUUUGGGUGUGCUGAUAAAGGAUAGAGGAGCCUCCUCGACAUGGGAGCUAACUCAGAGGAAACCGAGCCAGAGUCCAGGAUGAAGACCAGGAGAAGUCCAGCAGAGAAACAUUGACUUUUAUUUCAGCUUUUUAUUUCUCAAUCCAACUCCAUAUAAAGACCAAGCAUCCUGGAUUUAUAACAAAAAUGUGCCAGUAUAUCCAAAUAUUCAUUAUUGUAUG